CGGCUAGCGUUAUAGCUAACGUCAACUGUCUGCCACCUCCUGUUUGCAAUUAGCGUGAAGCGUCAUUUGAUUAUUUAAGGCUAAGUUAGCAUUUACAAGCAACUAAUGCUAACCUAUGCAACUUUUGGAGCUGUAUGGUGAUUUUUACAUCAGUACCAGUAUCUGGCCAGAGAGCAGCUCAGCUCCCUGAACAAAACCCCUCUGUGUCAGUGUGCAGCUGCAGCUUCCGAGCCAGAUCUUUUGUCUUCACUGGCUUCAAUCUAACAUCAGCAGGGAGGUCUGGUACACAGCGUCCGUCACCCCCUUGGUGUCCCCUGCCUCCCCCUCACUGCUUGGACUGUUCCAUUUUGCAUCUGAAAAAAUCUCAUAGUUGGAGAAGAGUUCUUCAUGUCAGGGACUGCUGUAGCCUCAGCACACAGAGUACUGUAGCUCCCGGAUCACCUAAGAUAAACAAAUGGAUGAUAAAGAGCUGAGUGAUCCCAUGAAUAACGUAUCACUGAUUAAAGAUGACUUGACCAGGUCAAACAUGGGGUCCUCUGACUCCGAAAAGGUUAUCCAACGCUUGAAUGAUGAGCUUCGAGAAGCACAGGAGCUAGCUAACACUGAGAAGCACAAAUGCAUGGAGCUACAAGGGAUCCUGGAGGAAGAGAGGAAAGAAAAUAAACACCAAGCUGACGAAUCUGCAAAACAGAUAAAACUUCUUCAAGGCCAACUGCGGCAGCUCCAAGAUGAAAUGGGCGUCCUCAGAGAGCAGAUAGAUGUCUCCUCCAGUUCACACAGUGAGCUGCAGAGUGCACGUGAUGAGUCAAAGGCUCUGAAACGUGCCCUGGAGGCAGCCACUGCUGAGCGGGAGCGUGAUGUCGCUGCCAUCCAGACUAACCUGUCAUCUGCCUCGAAGGACCUGGACAAAUGGCGUCAGACGGCCAACAAAUAUGAGCGUGAGAUAGACAACCUACAGCGCGACCUUCAACAGCAGAGCAAGCAGUGGCAGAAGACUGCAGAAAUACAAGCCAGUGAGCUGCAGUCCAUGCAGGUGGAGUGUAAUGGCCUACAGAAGGAGUGUUCUGUCCUGCGAUCUGAAAAACAAGACAUUGUCAAUAAGCACCAGAAGGAAAAAAGCAGUCUGCAAAUGGAGUGUGCCUCCCUCAGGGCCGAGAAGGAGGAACUCCUCAAGACUCACCAGAAGGAGAAGGGCAGCCUGCAGAGUGACUGUGCAGCACUGCGUUCUGAGAAAGAGGCAGCGCUGCAGAAACAGAAGCAGCUGGAGAAGGACCUUGCCAGUUCGCGUGCCCAGAAUGCUGAGCUGAGCAACAGCCUCAAAGCCCUGGAGAGAUCCCAGCAGGAGUUGGAGAAGAGGCUGGUGGCCAUGCAGCUCCAGCACCAGGAAGAUAGCACCAAGCUGCAAACCCAACUGGAAGAAGCAGACAGCCACAGCAAGACUCUGCAGAGAGAGUAUGAGGAGGCAAAGACGGAGUUGUUGGACCUAAAGGAAAAAUAUGAGAAGAUUGAGCAAGAAAAACAGUCGCUUGCAGGCGAACUUGAGGAGUGCAAAUCCAACAUGAAGGACUUGCAGGAAAAAGGAACGAAGACAUCCCUAUUGCUGCCUGUUCAAGCCAUAGUCAUCGGCCUUAUCCUGGCUUUGCUGUAUUGGUGCUUCGGCGCAUUGUGGUAGUAAGAAGCCAUGGAUGAUCUGGGGGCCGGUGGUUGCUGUGGCUCUGACAGCUGUGACUGCUGCUGUGCUCUUCAGGACCUGAGGGCAACAUGCUCAGACACACACAUGCAAACACACACACACACACACACACACACACACACACACACACACACACGGAAGUGAAUCCAUAUUUGUCAUCAGAUUUCUCCACACUUGCCCCCUUAUCAUAUCUGCACUAUUAAUUAGGAGGGCUCGUACUUAACACUGUUUAAUUUUUAAGAUGCUAUAUUUUAGAUGACAGAGAGGUUAAUAAAAGAAUGUCAGUUUUGUGUGCAAAUAAUUAAGUCUGUUUGUACGUCUGUUAUUUGAAGAGAACCUAGUUGGGCUGCAUUUGUGUUUACUAUCUUGACUUAUAAGGUUAUUCAUUAAUGAAUGUAAAGUCUACACACUUAAUAUAUGAUUUUAGAUGGAUCACCUCGAGUUUGACGCUCCCUAAAUGUAACACAUCUCUGUAACUGUCAGAAUAAUAAAUAUUGUCACAAUAAUGCCA